AUGAAAUCUCUCACUUUACAGAUGUCCGACCAAUCUCGACUAAAUAUAAAUUUAAGAGAACGUUGUCGAAUGCAUGAUCUCAACCAAGCUUUUGAUGAUUUAAGAAUAAUUUUGCCUUAUGCGCAUGGAAACACCGUUCGAAAGCUUUCUAAAAUCGCUACUCUAUUAUUAGCGAAAAAUUAUAUCUUAAUGCAAGUAAGUUUUAAUAUUUUGUCUUCAAAUUUGUUUUAUGAAAUAAUGGAAAGUUUUUCUAAUGUAAAUGAAGUUCUCUCUAUUGUUGAUUCUUUUCGCUGGCUUCUCAGAUCAAUUUUUACUAGUGAGCGGUAA